AUGGCAUCACAAAAAGCCUGGGCCGUCGUAAUCGGAGUUGGACCUGGCACAGGUGCCAGCGUUGCUCGCCGCUUCGCCAAAAGCUACUCGGUGGCGCUACUUGCCAGAAAGCCUGAGAACUAUGAAGCUCUUGUCCAAGAGAUCAAUAAUGCCGGCGGCAAGGCCAUCGGCGUCAGUACGGAUGCCUCGAGCGCUCAGAGUGUCAAGGCUGCCUUUGACGCCAUCAACAAAGCUCGGGGGACUGAGCCUCUUGCGGCCGCCAUCUUCAACGUCGGUGGCUCUUUUAUUCGCAAACCCUUCUUGGAACUUUCGCCCGAAGAAUUUGAGUCUGGAUGGGAAGCCAAUGGCCGUGGAGGUUUCUUGUUCUCUCAAGCCGUUCUACCUCUUCUCCUUGAUGCUGUCGACAAGGUUGAACACCCCCCGACUUUGAUUUUCACUUCAGCAACCGCCGGACUGAAGGGUUCCGCACAUUGUGCGUCUUUUGCCGCUGGCAAGUUUGCUCUGAGAGCUCUAUACCAAUCUCUGGCCCGGGAAUUUGGUCCUAAGGGCAUUCAUGUGGCUCAUGCCAUCAUUGACGGCGUCAUCGACAUUGAACGAACCAAACACUACAAGUUUGACCAUCCAGACGCCAAGAUCUCCGCCGACGCGAUUGCCGAUUCGUACUGGCACUUGCAUACUCAACCACGUACCACCUUUACCAACGAGAUUGAUAUCCGGCCCUACAUCGAAAAAUGGUAA